ACGACGUGGUUUUGAGUCGAAUUCGGUGGCCCGAAUUCGAGCUGCAAGCCAUUUUCCCUGCUAAAAAUCCACUGUCCCCAAUUUGAAACCCCUGGCAUACAUGAUACAGACACAGAGCAACCUAGAGAGAGAAAAUCAAGAGCAACUUUAGAGAGACAGGGAGAGAGAGAGAGAGAGAGAGAGAGAGAAUCACAAUAAUAAUGUCAGGCUUCAGAUUCUCGUCUUCAUCAUCUUCAACCCAUCAAUUCUCUCCAUUCUGUUCCACAUCAUCAUCAUCAUCAUCAAAUUCAGUCUUCCCUUCGAUUUCACCUCCCUCAUCUGGCCUGUUUUUCGGCAGUUUCUCUUCAAACCCUAGUAGCUCUUCGACUUCUUUCGCCUUCGGAUCGCCCAAAUUCACGUCUUCUUCUUCGACUACUACUUCCAACUUGUUUGGAUCUGCUACUUUGAGCUCUGUUUCAGCUACUAGCCCCGCAGUUUUUGGGUCUUCUUCUUCGAAUUCGAUCUCUACUGGUACAAGCUCUGCUCCAUUUUUUUCUUCAAACUUGUUUGUAUCUUCAUCUUCAUCUUCAUCUUCAUCUUCCCCUUCUUUUCCCAAUUUGUUUGGGUCGUCUUCUUUUCCUGCGAUUUCAGCACCUGCAUUCUCGUUUGCAAGUUCUGUAUCCAAUGCGGGUUCGUCUUCAUCAAGCUUCAGUUACACAAACACUCCUGCCAGUUCACAUCCUGGUUUGUCACUGUCCACAGAAACAUCAGCGCCUGCCUCGUCAGGACAACCACAAUCUACUGCUGUUGCGCCUCUAUUUGGACCUCCUUUUCCCAUAGAUGGAAGUUGUUCCGCAACAUCUCUGGAAGCAGAUUUGGGUGACAGAGAGGAAGAGGAUGAUGGAGUGGAAGAGGUUUACAUUGAGUUUGGGCAAGGAAGGGGCGGUUUAGCAAAACAAGUAACAGUUGCAAUGGCUGAGCAGGAGGCAGUGGUUCCAGGUUUAAGGACCGAUCAAGAGGAGGAGAGUCAGAAAGUUAUGAAAAUGGAAGGUUCUAGUGUGCAGGAAAGCCAUGAAAAUGAAACCAAUCCAUCAGUAGUUUCCAUUUCUGCUGAUUCCAUAUCUAAGUUGCAACCUGCUGAGGCUAUUGUAGAUACACCAAAUGCCUCAAUGGCAGAGCUUAAUGGUGGCAAAGAGGUUCAACUAGCCCAAGAUGAUGCACCCAUUUGUGUUGAGGGUGAGGGAAAAUCUGGUGUUGCCUCCACAGUUAUUGCAGGGGAUGAAGGAAGUGCUCAUGGGACUGGAAGCCAAACUUUCUGUGUCUCGGCUCCAUUUAUUUAUGUGAAUGGGUUCUGUAUUUCUUCCCAGAAUGGGAUGAUUGUCCAACAAAUUUUUGAGAAGUAUGGUGACAUAACGAAGGGAAGCAAGAUAAAGAGUGUAGCUGCCAAAUCAGGGUUCUUGGAAUUGGUGGCUGAUACUGUGCAACGACUAUGCAACCACACCAUGAAGUCCCUUGGUUUAGAUGAACUGCAAUUCAUAGAGCAGCACACGGGUGAUGCAUUGGCUGUUGGGUUUAAUGUGAAUUGGUUGCAUCAAAGGGUCGAGAAAAUCAUUUCGGCUUCUGAUUAUCAUCUGCAUUUGAUGGAGUUGGACAAAUUGGCCAAGCAAAUAGAUGAUGCGAAGAAAUCUCUAAUGGAAAUGGAGCUGAGGCAAAUGAUUUGCAUGCAGGAGGUGGCUGCAAUCAAGGGUGAAAUGGAAGAAAAUGGCUUUGGGGAGUCCAAUUUGGGCGAAGGCCUUUUGUGAUGGGUUAGGAUAGGUACAACUUACAAGGGACAUUUUUCUUUUUUCUUCCCUCUCUUCCAUCUUUUGUGUUGUUUUUAGUCAAUUUCUCUAAUGUUCUAUAAUAAUUGUCUUACAAUUAGUGUUAGUGUAGAAAAUUAUGUGUUGUUUUCCUCUUUGGAAAUGAGUUGUGGUAUGUAAACUGAAAAAUUGUACAUAAAAUCAAGGUAGCUUGUCACUUCAAAGCAAAAAAA